ACUGUUACUACCAUAGGAAACGGAUAUGCAUCAAAUUUUCGCAUACAAACUACUUCUGACAGCCAAUCUCUACCAUAUGAUUACCUUUCAUUGAUGCACUAUGGUAGAACUGCUUUCAGUAGAAAUGGUCAACCUACAAUUGUACCAAGACCUAGUUCAUUCAUCACUAUUGGCCAGAGAAACAGAUUGUCAAUGUACGAUGUGCAACACAUUAAUAUUCGAUACUGCCCAGAAAGAGCACUUCGACUAGUUGGAGGAAGAGGGUCAUAUGAAGGAAGAGUUGAAGUGUUCUGGAAUGGACAGUGGGGAACUGUCUGUGAUGAUUUAUUUGGUACAAAUGAUGGUCGUGUUAUUUGCAAGUAUAUGGGUUUCCCUGAUGUUGCUGCAACAUACUACAGAGCUCGAUUUGGGCGAGGAACUGGUCCGAUAGUAAUGGAUGACCUACGUUGUACUGGUAAUGAGUACAGUCCUUUUGCAUGUCCCAUGAGGACUAUUGGUACUCAUAACUGUGGUCAUUAUGAAGAUGCUGGUGUAACGUGCCGGAAAAAUGCUCGUCUUGUUGGUGGUAGAGUUACCAGUAGUGUUGCCUAUGGUCGCUUGGAAGUGUUUGCUGAAGGUGAUUGGGGAACCGUCUGUGAUGAUUAUUUUGACAUAAAAGCUGCAAAUGUUACCUGCCAUCAAUUGGGAUACAGGAGAGCUAGUAGGGUCUAUCCUCGUGCUCGCUAUGGGCAAGGUACUCUUCCAAUAUUGAUGGAUGAUGUAAGGUGUACUGGUGGAGAAGCACAGAUUACUCAUUGUCUCAGUACCCCUAUUGGUGAACACAACUGUCAACACAGUGAAGAUGUUAGUGUUCGCUGCGUUAAUUGAAUUGGACACUGAUAAUGGACAGCAAGUGGUUUUAUUAUCAAGAACAAAAACUAAUUAGAUUUCGUAGUUGUUGAACUGUUCUAGCUAGUAAUAGACUUUAGUUCAGUAUGUAGUUGAUUUUGAUAUUUUAGUGAUCAGUUAUUAUCUCAUGCAGUAAA